UACAAUCUCAACAAUGCCCCUCCAUCACGCAGCCUAAUUUACACAACAGUCCCUCCUUCUCUCCGCGAAGCUUUCCCACGACUUGUGUAACACUAGAUAGCUGCUUUCCGGAUGAGCUGCACAAUCCCCUCACACUGCCGGGCAAACGUAACCCCUCCACUAUCAUGACCUCCGUCUUCUCGUCCAUCGUGCGGCCACCCAAGCUGAAGCGCUCCACUUCAAAUCUCCAUACCUCCGCCGAUGUUGACUCCUCGCAGUCUUCCAUUGAGAGCGUAGAUCCGGACGAGCCAAACCUCCGCGAACUGAACGCCUCACUUCAAGCCCUCACUGACAUCUUUCCCGACAUACAGCCCGAGGUUUUCCGUGAGAUGCUAAGCUCCUUCAGCGAGGAAAGCAGGCUAGAGGUGAUAACGGAGACGCUGUUGAAGCAUGGCGCAAAGUGGGUGCGUGGACGGUACAGGAUGCCGUCGGAACAGGAGGAAGAACAACGGGUAGUCUCGCAUAAGUACAAAUAUCGCGUUUCGGACUCUACAAAGGAUACGCGGGGGCAUCCGCUCGCUAUUGAGGAGACGUUUCGGUCUCAGAAAUAUCGCGAGGCGGCCAAGGAGGCGCUGUACCAGGAGUUCAAGGGCUUGAGUCAUUCGACUAUCAAGGCUGUGCUUGCGGAGUACAAUUGGAGCUAUACGCAGGCCAGACCGACGCUGCUGGGGUUAGUUUCGAAGAGCUGGCGAUACUCGAUCACGAGUUUUCUGAUGCGACGGAAACCGCCGAGCGCAAAGGACCACCCGUUGGUUGUUUGGUCAGGUGCUGAUGCAAAAGCUGGGAGGCUACCGACACCGCUACUCAUCAAGACCAAAAGCAAGGAACUGAACAAGGAGCUGCAUGAUACCCUGAUCGUUCCAGUGCUGCACAAGCAAAGAACGGAGCAGAUACAAGGAGAUCAAAGUCUCGCGCACGAACUCAACGAGGCCGAGGCUGAAGAGGCCGGGGAGAUGUAUGACUGCGAGUGCUGCUUCAUCCCCAAUACCCUGGAGCAGAUGUCGGCAUGUGAUGUUCAAGGUCACUAUAUCUGCUUCCGGUGCAUUCGACAUUCCAUCAAUGCGGCUCUCUACGAUCAAGGCUGGGCGCGAAACAUCAACACAGAACGCUGCACACUCAGAUGCAUAGCUCCCUUGUCGGAUGGGGUAGACGACUGUCCAGGCUGUAUUGGGUCUCCCUUUAUCCAUCGCGCUCUUCUAGAGGAAAAAGACGGCGAAGAUACCUUUCAAAAUUUCAAUGAGCGACUCUCUUCCGAAGCACUCCUUAAAUCGCAACUCCCACUCAUCCGUUGCCCAUUUUGUCCAUAUGCAGAAGUUGAUGAGCUCGCCCUCCCCAACGCCGAUCUCACGAGCAAUCUCAGACUCAGACUACGACCACUCCUCACUGCCUCCCUUCCUCUCAUCCAACUACUCUGCUUCGUGGCCAUUGGUAUUGCCUUUCGGUUCCUCUUACUCUUUAUUUUCUUCAUCGUAAGCCUAAAUUUCCUUCUUCCGCGCCCUCUACCCCUCUUUCCACCUCUCCGAGCCGCCCUCCAUCGUAUCCAUCUCAAACGCCGCGGUUUCCGAUUCAAAUGCCUCGCGCCGACUUGUUCUCGCACCUCAUGUCUGUCGUGUUCCGCUCCGUGGCAUGAUCCCCACGCCUGCUACUCCUCGCAACUCCAGUCCCUCCGCCUAACACUCGAACGCGCAACUACCGAUGCCGUGAAACGCACUUGUCCGAAUUGUAAUCUCGGCUUCGUGAAAAGCGAGGGCUGCAAUAAAUUAGUUUGUCUGUGUGGGUAUAGUAUGUGUUAUGUUUGUCGUGAAGGACUUGCGAUUCAGGGGUAUUCGCAUUUCUGUCAGCAUUUCCGCGAGCGGCCGGGGGAAAAUUGUAAGCAGUGUGAGCGCUGCGAUUUAUAUCGCGUUGAGGAUGAGGAGAAAGUGGUGAAGCGGGCGAGGGAGAGGGCGGAGAGGGAGUGGUGGGACAAGCAGGGUGAUGGCGCGGGAGAGGGACUAAAAGUCGGUGUUGGGAGAGGGCUGAAAGAGUGGCAGGUAGGUGGGAGUGAUGGGGGGUUUUGGAAUUGGAAGAAACUGGAGCGUUGGUUGGAGAAGGUGUUGGAUGUUAUUGUAGUAUGAAUUUUCCUGAGGCUUUGGCGUUGGCUUUGGCUUUGGGUUGGUGUUUGUGGGGAGAUGGGAAGACCACAGCGCCUAGACGAGAGGCAUGAUAAGAUACCCCAAUCUCUACUUCUUCCGCG